UGCGAGGGAUUUGGAGGAGGUAGGUUCAGGGUAAAAUUAAUUCCCUCAUUUACAAUUUAAAGGCAAGGGCAUGUGUGCAUGAGACUUGAACUACCUAGUGGGCAGGAGGAACCUCAGCAUUUCCCAUGCCAGCUGCCUGCCUGGGGCUGGGCCUCACAUGCCAUCUUAGUAACACUCCAGCCCUGGGCAGUAGUGACUGAAAGUUACCUCCAUUGGAGGACUCUUUUUUUUGCCAAGGGUGACGUGAAUUUGGUGGAUCUCAAAUCAUUUCAAAGCAUGGAAAGCAACCAUGUCACAACUGGCUGCUAUGUCCACACUAUCCCGGGCAGCAAUCGAUACAGUGGGGAUCGAUUUAUCGCAUCUAGUCUAGAUGGGAUAAAUCGACCUGGAGUGCUUUCCUGUUGACUCCUGUACUCCAGCGCUGCGAGAGGUGCAGGCAGAGUUGAUGGGGGAGCUGUGAAGACACCACGCUUUCUAAACCUAGUGUAACAUUUCAAUGGCUACCCAGAUGACUGAUGGUCAUCGACGGUUCCUGCAGGUGCUGAUGUCUCAUGGAAUAAUGGAAGGAUCGGUGGCUAGAACGUUACACAGGGACUGCUGUGAAAUCCAUAAAGUCUACUAUGCUCAUGAUAAACUGGAUGACUUCAUCAAUGUUGUUAACAUCCAUCUGCAGCCUUUCUUUAUGCAGAUCCGGAAAGGAAUGUCUGAAGAUGAUGGGAGAACAUAUUAUGCAUUGGUGAAUCUGGCAGAAACUGAAAUAACUAAGAUGGCAUCUGACUAUACAGAAAAUGAGUUAGAAUUGUUCAGAAAAACUAUGGAUGUGAUCAUCAUAUCAGAAAGUGGCUUUGCAUCUUCCACAGAUAUUUUAAACCUGGCUGACCAACUUAAAACAAAGAAAAUGAAGAAAAAGGAAGCAGAGCAAGUGCUGCAAAAUUUGGUGCAGGAUAAGUGGCUCUCUGAACGAGAUGGGGAGUACACGUUGCACACUCGCUGCAUAAUGGAGAUGGAGCAAUACAUCCUCAGCAACUACCAAGACUUGGUGAGGAAAUGUAACAUCUGUCACAGCCUCGCCAUCCAGAGUCAAGUAUGUGAAACCUGUGGAAUUGGAAUGCACUUGCCUUGUGCUGGAAAAUAUUUCAAAGCUCAGACGGAACCACACUGUCCCCACUGCAAUGAGUUUUGGCCACAUGAGAUUCCAGAAAUAAAUCGGCCAGAUUCCCAGUUGCCUUCAAGUGCCCCGAGGGAGAGGAGAAGAACCCCAUCCUCAGGAACAAGGCGGCGUUAGAAAGACCAGCUUCAGUUAGAGCGGCCAUUUUCUUUUGCUGUCUUACAGAUGCCCAAUUGCAGUUUACUUCCGCGUUGGUGUAAAAUGUGUCAUUCUGAAAGUAGGAAUGCCUAGGGAACAAAGUCAACUUUCUUUUUAUGGUUUGUUUUUACUCGGCUAAAAUCUUGCUAGAAGUUUGAAAAUAAAACUGUUGUGACUUUGGCCUCCCUGCUCAAAGGUCCUGCUUAGUUCCAGCACUGUUAAGAAGGUCAGCAUAGCUACAGUGGAGGCUGUCAUGGUAUGUGUACAUACAUAUCAUUAUUGCCAAAGAGGGGGAGGGGGCAUUACACCUGUGUAGGAAUGGGAGAUUUGACUGCUGCUGCCUCAGUUGCGUAAGCUGAGCCACAUAGACAGACCUUUAUACCAUGCCCAGUCUUGUUAAAUUAAAUGGGGCCCUGCCCAGGUGCAGGAGUCCAUCUGCACAGGUCUGAAUGUGCAACUGGGACAGGAGAGCUCAGUGCAGAGGAGUUUGUGCAAAUCCUCCAAAAAUAAAACUUUUAAAAAGAGACAAGACCUAUUUAGACUUCCAUUUUAAACUGUUUUAAAAUCCGUAAAAUCAAUGAGGUUUGUCAACCAUUCUGUCAUCCUGGUUGAAUUCAGUGAAGGUGCCUCUGACAUGGCUCAGUAUUAACAUCUCAGCCCCACCUAGGUCCAGCCCUUCUCUGAAAGGAUGCUCUUAAACACAGUCUGAGUAUUCACAUAUACAUUCAUUCUUCAUUGCUGCAAAUCUGACAGAGGUGGUGCCAGAAGCACGUCUCAGGGUUUCCCAAGAUUUAAGAGCAUCUAUUAAGCCUCCUUUAAUCCCACGAUUUUGUGAUAAUUGUUGGUUAUAAUAAAUAAUGCUAAGUUAGCACU